AUGCAAGCAAUGCAAUCCCAACUAGAUGAGCAAUUUAGUAGACAUAAUGCAGAGAUGGAGGCUCAGCAGGCACAAAUGGAGAAGCAAAUGAGUCAGAUGGAAGCUAAGUUUGAGGCUCAACAAAGACAAUUUGAGGUUUUUCUCGUUCAAAUGCGUGCAAUGGGUAUGCCUAUUCCUGAACUAGCUCGCAAAAACACAAAUCCACUUCCGGUUGAAAAGGUACCUGAUGCAUCUAGUACUCAUAAUAUAAACUCCCAUCGAUCAUCAAUGAGGAGUGAGUCAAGAAGUCCGGCAGUGCGAGACACAGAGUUUCGCGGUCAUUCUAGAGCAUCUUCAUUUGGUCAGAAAGCAAAAUUGCAGCGUGCUAAUAACCGUGCAGCGAAAUUCCCGCCCAAGUGA